AUGCAUUUCUUUUUAUUGAAUAUUAUACUUUUCUUCACUAUAGCUGCAAGAUCAUUAGGCUUCAACGAUGACAAUUUUUGGGAAAACCCUGUCGAGAUCGAAGAUAUCCGGAAUGAUAUGAUAACAGCUAGUUGGAACAUUCCUUCUGAAUUUUCGAAUCAAACGACUUGGCAGCGUUUGAUGAUAAACGUUGUCCGAAGCUCUCUUCCUUCGUCAAGAGCUUCUGUUUCCAUUAAAGUGAACGAAAAUCUCAGAACGUAUACAUUUACUGAUUUAAUGGGCAACACUACGUAUAGAGUCUCUGUUGAAGCUUUUGACGAUGCUGGCAGCAUAUGGUAUGCAAGUAACAUGGCCACAACAAGUUUAGCAUCGCUGAAUUGGAUGCCAGCUCCUUCGGAAAUUACCUUGAUAGGAAAAACAAGUACAUCUCUUAGUAUUUGGUGGGUCGCUCCUGAUUCUCACGAUGUUAGCCGAAAUGUAGUCAUCAAUCAGCAUUUGCUCAAUGUUUAUGAAUUCAACACUGCUUCAAAAACUGUCAGCAAGAAGUUCUCGUUUAAUAUUCCCAUUCCAAAAACAUCAUUUCUGGUCAAUAAGCUGAAUCCAGGAACUGUCUACAAUUUGACUAUUCAGGCUGGGACCAGUUAUGGGUAUGGGAAUACUGUUUGGUCUACCUUCUCUACUUUGGGCUCUGAUCACGAAGAAAUUGUUCUCAAAUUGGCUCAAAGAACUCCGAAUUCGUUGACUCUUACAUGGCCAACGAAAUGGUUACCAACACCUACAUCCCGAUUCACAAUCAAAGCAAAAACAAUUCACACGCCUGGAAAUGUUGAAAAAGAAGUAAUGGUGGCAGGAGUAGGUGAGCCCGGACGACCUAAUGAAUUUGCUCUGAGGAAUCUUUAUCCUGGCUCGACUUAUAACGUCACUAUAACGACUAACAUUCCCGAAAGCUCUAAGAAAGAAAAUAAAUGGGUUGGAGGCCCAAAACGAAAAGCAUCUUGGUCAGUCUUCUCUACUCUUACCCAAGGAGAGUAUGCUGUUGGAGAUCCUCGCAUAGUAGUUGAAACAGAUACCGCUAUAUCUGUAGUAUUUCAACCUUUGAGACAGUUGGGCGACGUUCAUUACCAGAUACGUUAUUCAUCUCCUGAAAGUUCACAACCGAUUGAAACAUUGGCUUUACGUGAGAAUGAAUUACUUUGUCCCAAGUUUGGUUGUGAGUGGUUAUGUGCUCUUAUUUUCAACUUCCAAGGAAGGCAGAGAGAUUUUACAUUCGAAGUUCGCGCGAGAGUUGAUGGCGUUUGGAACAAAUGGGUUUCUAUUGUAAGGAGACCAUGGAACUUGUUGGAGAGAGUUUGCUCAAUCAACCCUCCCAACUCUUUCGUAGCAAAUAUCGGAAAACCUGAUUAUCAAAGAGAAAUUGAUGUUUCCAGUGCUAAAGCUCCAGCUAUAGCAGACACAUGGCGUUAUUUAGUAGUUGUGGACAGUCGGCAAUCGGACUAUUCAUCAAUAGACAUAGCAAAACUUGCUGACAAAGCUACAGCUGAUAUAGACAAUAUACCUUAUUAUGUUGCUGGCUCUAUCUCUCCUGAUGAUGUCGAAAACAAUAUACCAUUCAGGUUGGGUGACGGCCUAGUUCAUGGAGGAUAUCUAAAUUAUCCUCUGCGUGACAGAGAGGUUGAUCCCAGAUGGACGCUUGUUCCUUUAUCUCAAGCAGAGAAUGAGAUAAUGGAGCCUCGUUUGAAAACGUGUGGCUUUGCUGAGGAUGGUAGCUUCGAUUGCCAAAUGUCUUUUUUCGAUUUGGCCAAACACAUACCGCUUUGGGCUACGACACUUUUGAGCAUUUUGAGCAUAGUGUUGGUGUUUACAUUCUGUAUCUCGCUGAUAGUGUUUGGUAGACGCAUGUGUGAGAAAAAAAACGAAAUGAAAGAAGCUUCUAUUAUGUACUACCACAAUGAUUCGCCAAAUACUAGUUCAACUACAAGGGAGUACCGUCGAGUAGAACGAAGAGAAUUUAAACCUUCCGAUUUCGAAGAGAGGAGGAAGUUUAUGAAUGAUGAAUGA